UUCUGUCAUUUCUUUUCUUUUUUUCCAAAGACUUUGACAAAUUGGAUUUAAUCAGAUUAUUUGUGUUUUUCCGUCCCCGUUAUGCACGUUUUGGGAAGCGCUGAAAAUGAAGUGAGGAGUGAGGACACACACUGGAUAAACAGUUAUUACAAUUCUGGAGCAAAAUUAUAGGGGCUGUUCCAAAGAUUAUAUCUACCACGUGUACACAGACAUCAGGGCAAGGGAAAUCCUCAUAUAGAGCAAGGAUUGCAUUCACCGAUUCCCCCUGAAUGGUAAACCUUUCGAGCUUUACUUCAAUGGCCAGAUCAAGAGCUUCUCUCAAUGCUAGAAUCUCAGCUACAAGAGCAUCCUGAAUUCCAUACUUACACCGAGCUUGAGCUGCACAAAGACUCCGUUCUCCGUUGCACACCAAACGCCUAAGCCAGCGCGGCGGUGGAUCUUAGAUAUUGACGCGUCAAACCAAACCCUAUCUCCUGGUGGCAUUCGUCCAAGCAGAGAACUGUGAUCCAGCAGUGCCAUCCCUUGUCCAGGGGGCUUGCAGUGGCUCAACAAUUUAGUCUGGAGUAAUACAGUUGGAGCACGACUUGGUCGGGGUCAACUAUCCGUAAAAUGUUUUAAUUUAAGUCUAUAGGCUUAUGCCUCCUUUUAUUUGACAGAAAAAAAAAAAAAAUCAGAAUAAGGUAAAAUUGCUCCGCCAUUGCUGCACUGCAAACCUCGCGUUGACUUCAACUCCAAAAUACUCUCAUGUAAGUGGGACUUUACUAAUUUGUUAUGCUUUCCAUGAAGUAUUUGAUGGGAUUCCCUUUUUCUUUUUUCGGGUUUAUAUGUAUCUUAAAUUUGAUGUGAGUUUGCUGUUUGGUCAAGAAAUGUUCAAAAUGAUGUUCUGUUCAUAGAAAUUCUUGGUGUUGUUUUGAAGGUCUUCUUUUUUUUUUCCAAUUUCUUUUUGUGGGUUCGAAAAUGCUUUUAAUAGGAUGUGUUAUUUUGUAAUCUUAUAUUUUGAUUCCUCCCCAAUAUUUAUUCCUUGACUAUGCACCCCUGAAAUCAUUACCUAUAUAUGGCGGUGCCACCACGGGACCGCUAGAUUCCGGCCAAAUUUAGGCCAGUCGACGAUGUCAAUUCAUGGUAGCCGGUGGUGGCAUUAAUGGUGAUAUGAUAAAUUAGAUGUCUUUGGAAGCAAAUCGAUCUCGCAAAAUCUGGUUUGAGUCUCUAUCUCGUCUUGUUGAUACUUACAGUAAUGCAUGCAUUAUUGCAUGUUGUAGAAACUUUUUGUUUGGGCAACAAUUUUUUGUGGUUUUCAUGAUUUUCACGUUGUGAUGUGACUAUUUAUUGAGUAUACCAUUUGAAAGUGAUACGUUUCGUGCUUUGUUUUUGUUGAAAUAAGGCCUUUUAUUACUGUCUUGUGUUAAAACCCCUUUGAACUUCGAAAAUAAGUGAAAGACCCUUGUCCCAUAUUAGAGUUGAGAAGCCUACUUAAUCAACAUAUAUACCCUAUGUAUUACUCCCCUCAUCGCCAAUUAAUUUUGAGGUGGAACCACAUGGUAACUUAUAUGGACCUUCAAAAUCUUGCAACCUAUAAGUGCUCAAUUGUCGAAUUCAGAAUGAUUUAUAUUACAUUUCAAUAAUCUUCUUCACAUAAGGAAAAAAAAACAAAAGCCCUUUGCGGAAUUGUAUUGUUUUAGUUUAACAAAAUUGACUGUUUCCCUUAUCAUCAGCUUAAUUUCAUGGAUAAAGAAAAUCAGCAAUGGCGAAUUCUGAUGCUUCCGUUGCUGGCUGAUGGUCACGUGUUACCAUUCUUAGAGCUCGGGAAGAAACUCACAAAGAGAAAUUUCGAAGUAUUUCUCUGCUCCACUGCUGCAAGUUUAAAUCCCUUCAGAAAAGAAGCAGAAGACGACGAAAAUCUCCAUUUCAGGGAAAUUCACCUUCCUGAGAUGAAGAAGAACCCGAAACUUUCCCUGGAGAAUCAAACCACCCGAAAUCUCCCUCCUGAUCUCGCUCCGGCUCUCUUCGCGGCGUUCGAUGGGGCGAAAGAUCAUUUCCGGGAGAUAGUUCGGGAAAUCAAACCCCACAUCGUCAUCUAUGAUUAUCUCCAACCCUGGGCGCCGGAAGUUGCGGAAGAGCUGGGAAUCCCGGCCGUGUUGUUCAUCACGGGCGGGGCGGCGUCUUAUUCGUUCUUGUAUCAUUAUAGCAUCAAGAAUCCUUCUGUUGAUCAGCACCCAAUCUCGCAACUAAAGCAUCUUCCGGAAAUCCAUCACCAGAAUGCCCUGAUGUUCGUUAAUGCUGAAAUAAAUGGGAUCACCAAUAAGGAACGUACACGACGAGCUGCUGGAAAAUCGUCUCGAUUCGUCCUGAUUAGAUGUUUGGAUGAUGAAUUGGAACAGAAAUACAGAGAAUACAUCUCCGUGUUACUGAAAAAGGAGGCGGUUUCACUAGGGCAUUUUAUUCGAAAUCCCGAGAAUGAUGAAUCCGCUGGCCAUGCUUCAUCGUCAGCGAUUUAUCAUUGGCUGGAGACAAAAGAACCUAACUCUACUGUUUUCGCGUCGUUUGGAACUGAAUGCUCUCUCUCAAGAGAAGAAAUCGAAGAGAUCGCUCUCGGGUUGGAACUCAGCCAGGUAAACUUCAUUUGGGUGAUUAAGAAUUAUAGUGAUUUGGAUGAAGUUUUACCUGAAGGGUAUCAAAAUAGAGUUGGUGAAAGAGGAUUGUUGAUUAAGACUUGGGCACCGCAGACAAAAAUUCUUAGGCAUCAAAGUGUCGCGGGAUUUGUUAGUCAUUGUGGUUGGAAUUCGAUAUUAGAGAGUUUAGCAUUUGGUGUUCCGAUCGUAGCUAUGCCUAUGAGCGUGGAUCAACCUUAUAAUUCGAUGUUUCUCGAAGAAAUCGGCGUCGCAAUGGAGGUUGUUCGAACGGAAAAUGGGAAAUUUGGGAAGGAAGAAAUAGCAAAUGUGAUCAAGGAAGUUGUUGGGGGCGAAAGAGGAAAAGAUUCGCGAAAUAAAGCCAAUGAAUUGAGUGGGAAAAUAGCAGAGAAAGGUGAGAAAGACUUUGAUUCUGCUGUGAGGAAGCUUAUGCAGCUUGUUGAAUAGCUAUAAGCCUAUAAUAAUAUAACUAGAUGCUUGGCCCGGACGGAUGCCCGGGCGAUCUCUUAAAAUUUAUAUUUAUAAUUUUCAUGUAUUGAUAGAAAUAUGUAUAUAUGUGAGAUAAAAUAAGAUUAUUUCAAACGUGAACGACAAAGUGUAUAUAAUUGUACUUCACAUUUAGUAAAUGAAAAUUCAAC